AUGGAUCCUGGUGUUGACGGAGGACUCAAUGUCAGCCUGACUCUCAGGCUGCUGAUGCAUGGAAAGGAAGUGGGAAGUAUCAUUGGGAAGAAAGGAGAGACAGUGAAGAAGAUGCGAGAGGAGAGUGGAGCACGAAUUAAUAUCUCUGAGGGCAACUGUCCUGAGCGGAUUGUUACUUUGUCUGGACCCACCAGUGCCAUCUUCAAAGCGUUCACCAUGAUCACUCACAAGCUAGAGGAGGAUAUCACCAGUGGCAUGGUGAACAGCACCGCCUCCAGCCAGCCUCCAGUCACACUGCGCAUUGUUAUCCCAGCUAGUCAGUGUGGAUCACUGAUCGGGAAAGGGGGAUGCAAAAUCAAGGAGAUCCGUGAGUCAACCGGAGCCCAGGUCCAGGUGGCUGGCGAUAUGCUGCCCAACUCAACUGAAAGAGCCAUCACAAUUGCUGGGACUCCACCGUCCAUCAUUGAAUGUGCCAAACAGAUCUGUGUGGUGAUCCUGGAGCAAUCUCCACCGAAGGGCAUUACCGUGCCAUACCGGCCUAAGCCCAUCUCAGCUCCUGUCAUCUUUGCAGGCGGGCAGGCUUAUACCAUUCAGGGACAGUUUGCCAUUCCACAUCCUGAUCUAACUAAGCUUCACCAAUUGGCCAUGCAGCAGACGCCUUUCACACCAGUGGGACAAACCAGCCCUGGAUAUUCUGGUCUGGACUCCUCUCAGACUAGUUCUCAUGAAAUUGCCAUACCCAAUGAUCUGAUUGGAUGUAUCAUUGGACGACAAGGUAGCAAGAUCAAUGAAAUCCGACAGAUGUCUGGGGCACAGAUCAAGAUCUCCAACCCAGCUGAAGGCUCGAAUGACCGACAAAUCACCAUCACUGGCUCGCCUGCCAACAUUAGUCUGGCACAGUACCUUAUUAAUGCAAGGUUGUCUUCUGAAGCAUCAGGAAUGGCGAGUCAGUAA